AUGGAUGACUCGGUAAUCAGGACUGACGGCCUGACCAAGAGGUAUGGGCACGUUCUGGCGGUGGACGGGCUGUCACUGGACGUAUCUAGGGGCCGCAUUUUUGGUCUUCUGGGUCCCAACGGAUCGGGCAAGACGACGCUGAUGAGCAUGCUGCUUGGCCUGGUACGGCCCACGGCUGGUAGUUUCUCACUUUUUGGCAAUUUGCUGGAGAAAGGCGGGCUGGACAGGGAGCUGCACCGCAUCGGCGCUCUCAUAGAGACCCCCACCUUCUAUCCCUACCUGUCCGGGCGCAACAAUCUUGCUUACUUUCAGGGCAUUUCGGGCCGCGGCAAUCCGCAGGAGCUCGACCUCUUGCUGGAACAGGUGGGAUUGGGCGGGCGCGGCGGUGACAAAUUCCAGACCUACUCCCUGGGCAUGAAGCAGCGGUUGGGCCUGGCCUACACCCUGCUGGGCGACCCGGAACUGCUGGUGCUGGACGAGCCGACCAACGGCAUGGACCCGGCGGGCAUGGCCGAGGUACGGGACCUGAUUCGCGGCUUGGCCAGCGAAAACCGCUCUGUCAUCCUGUCCAGCCAUCUGCUGAACGAGGUGGAGCAGGUCUGCGACAGCGUGGCCAUCCUGUCCCACGGACGGCUCAUCGCCCAGGGCGACGUCGCCGAUCUGCUGCAAGAGCGGGGCAGGCCGCAGGUGCGUUUGCGCACUACCAACGACGGCAAAGCAUGGGAGAUCCUGACCGCACUUGCCUGGGUAGACGGCAUCAGUGCGGACAACGGCUACCUGGUUGCCAGCGUGGAAGCGGACCGCUCGUGGGAGAUAACCGCUGCGCUCAGCCGCAACGAGGUCUAUGUGGCAGAGAUGGCACCAGCCCAGAUGUCGCUGGAGCAGUACUUCCUGGACGUAACGGAAGGGGACCCGUGA